UUUCUAUCAACGGGCUUUGCAAUAGAGAAGCUGCUCUAUCCGAUCAUAAUUUGGAUCUUUGCUUCAAUUGGUAGGAUUCCAUAGCUUCUGCAUGUCUAAUAAUGGCAAAACACUAUGCCAUGGCUAACUCCUAGACCACAGAGAAACAUCCACUGCUACAGGAUCCCUCCUCUUUCGUUCAUGAAACCAUUACAACAAUCAGUAUGCCUGAUUUCAACGAGUCUCCGAAGCCAUCGUUCUCUUGCCGUCAAGUCCAUAUAUUUAUUUACCUCAGGUGGUGAUUAAGAUAACUUACCUCAGGUACCUUAUGAAUGAAGAAGACUUGCAUGGUCCGUUGUUCGGUCGAUCUGAUUGGUGCAGCGCAGAUGCAGGCAGCGCCGGGAAAGCUCAAAGUGGGU